UCCUGUGCAAAAUCACAGCAGCAAGAUGGAGUUUGUAGCCACCUGGGCAAGUCACAUGUCCAGGCACGACUCAGUUUGCAGGCGGCAGCCAUUGGUCACAUGCUGCCUUAAACAUUCCCAGGAAAGCUCAGAUGUGGAUUGGCGUCUCCCAAAGUCCAUUGUCAGUUCAGUGUUUCUUGGUUGGGCACGUCCUGAGAAUAGUCCUUUCUCCAGAAGCUGACCAAAUGCGUCACUGAGGCUACUUGGAAUCAAAUACAUUUGAGCUACAAGUACAGAGCCAAUAUUCAUAACUUCAAAUACAAAAUUGAUACACGCAUACAGACAGCAUCAUCAUAACCAGCAAAUCACCUUCCCAUAGACCCCUCACACAACAACCUUGGCACAAUAUUUGCUGCAAAUAUAGACCAGCGGCUGCAACAAUGAUCUAUAGUCACAGUUCAUGUCAAUAGCGUCACAGAGGAGAAGGGGUCCCCUGUGCUCCCCAACCUGCCCAGGGCCGAGAGGGCAGCUCCGCGUGGUCCUUCAGGCCUGGGCUGCCCCACAGCCUGCUCCCCCGGCAGCACCCAGCCUGGCCCCUGCACUAGGCUGGGGGGCUCUGGGCUGCUGGGUUCUCUCUGGGCGGGUGGAGGUCGGGCGCGUGGGCUCGGCUCAGACGUGGCUGUGCUCCUUGCUGCUCCCAGAGAAGCUGUGGACGGCCCCCGAGCUGCUGCAGCAGGGGCGCCUGCCCCCCCCGGGCAUGCAGAAGGCGGAUGUCUACAGCUUCAGCAUCAUCCUGCAGGAGAUCGCCCUGCGCAACGGGCCCUUCUACAUCGAGGGCAUGGACCUGAGCCCCAAGGAGAUUGUGCAGAAGGUGCGGAACAGCCAGAAGCCGUACUUCCGGCCCUCCAUCGACCUGGGUCUGCACAGCGAGGAGCUGGCCGUGCUGAUGGAGCGCUGCUGGGCGCAGGAGCCCGCCGAGCGCCCCGACUUCACCCAGCUCAAGAUCUUCAUCCGCAGAUUCAACAAGGAAGGCAGCACCAGCAUCCUGGACAACCUGCUGUCGCGCAUGGAGCAGUACGCCAACAACCUGGAGAAGCUGGUGGAGGAGCGGACGCAGGCCUACCUGGAGGAGAAGCGCAAGGCCGAGAACCUGCUCUACCAGAUCCUACCCCACUCCGUGGCCGAGCAGCUGAAGCGCGGGGAGACGGUGCAGGCCGAGGCCUUCGACAGCGUCACCAUCUACUUCAGCGACAUUGUGGGGUUCACAGCCCUGUCGGCUGAGAGCACCCCCAUGCAGGUGGUGACCCUGCUGAACGAUCUCUACACCUGCUUCGACGCCAUCAUCGAUAACUUCGACGUGUACAAGGUGGAGACGAUUGGAGACGCCUACAUGGUGGUGUCGGGGCUGCCGGUGCGGAACGGGAAACUGCACGCCAACGAGAUCGUCCGCAUGGCGCUGGCGCUGCUGGAGGCCGUGAAAACCUUCAAAAUCCGUCAUCGGCCCAACGACCAGCUCCGGCUGCGCAUCGGCAUCCACACCGGUCCUGUCUGUGCCGGGGUCGUAGGGCUGAAGAUGCCCCGGUACUGCCUGUUUGGGGACACGGUGAACACUGCCUCGCGCAUGGAGUCCAACGGGCAGGCACUGAAGAUCCACAUCUCGUCCACCACCAAGGAGGUCCUGGAUGAGUUCGGCUGCUUCGAGCUGGAGCUCCGAGGGGACGUGGAAAUGAAGGGGAAAGGGAAGAUGCGGACGUACUGGCUGCUGGGCGAGCGGACAGACGACAGCAUCAUCUGAGGCCGGCCCUGGGCUGACUCGGGCUCUGCACUGAGCGGGGCUCUGUCGCUGAGCUCCGCGCACAGGAGGCUGCGCUCCGUCUCCGAGCACCACUCCCUGGCCACAGCAGGGAGCGCCCGGCACGCAGGCCCCGACCAAAGCAGCCGAGCUCCACGGGGCCGAGCAGCGGGGCCCUGCUCUGCUGGCAGACGCGCAGGGCUGGCACUCAGCCGAGGCGCCCUGUGCACGGUGAGCCGUGCUGCCCACCCGGCCCUGCCCACCCCAGCUGAGUCUCCAGGGCCUGGUGGUGAUGGCGGGAGCCAACCAGGCCCUGACUGGUGCCAGCAGGGCCGGCACGACCCCACAGUGCUCCUCAGAGCCUGGCUAUACUCUGUGCCAGGGAGAGGCUGGCGGGGCCCUGGGCACCGCCUGAGAACGAGCCCUCAGGGCCCUGAGUCUCUGUAACCCGUGAUCCCCUGUCCAGGCUCGGCUGGCUCUGAGCCCCUAAGCCUCGCCACCCCCGGGCCCAGCCGGCUCUGAGCCCGUCCCCCCAGGGGCCUGGCUACUCCCCCAUGGCACUUGGCCUUCUCUCCAGUACUCAGCACCCUCCCCCCAGGUGGGCGAGCUGGGGCUGCUGCCAGGGGUGGCCCUCAGAUGGGGGGGUGGCUUCCUCGCCCACUGUCCUGUGGCCUGGUUCACAUGAGCACGAUGCAGCUGCUCGCGCCGUCCCUUGCCCUGUAACUACCCAGUGGGCUGGGCAAACACCCACACCCUGGCAGUGCCCACAGCCUCCCCCGGGUGUAAAUGCAGGGAUCAAACCAUGCACACGACUGUGUUGAAAUACAGACUUCCUGAACCGAA